AUGUACCAAAUCCGGGACGUGCCUGGAAAGGGACGGGGCCUCAUUGCAACCCAUUUCAUCCCGAGAGGCACCCGUAUCCUUUCCGGAAAGCCAACCAUUACGGUGCCUGAGCAAUAUGUUAAGCUCGAUGAGUAUAAGCAAAUCGCGGCACUGAUUUCGGAGCAUGUUGAUACCCUCAAUGAAAGUCAGCGACAAGAAUUCCUGGCCUUGAACACUACACACAUAUCUAGCGAUGAAGCGCAAAGAAGAUUCGAAAUCUUUCGGACCCGUAGCUUGCCAGCUAGUGAUGGCCAUGCGGCAAUCUUCCUCCACGCAUGCCGCAUUAGCCAUUCUUGCGAUAACAAUGCACAAAAGAACUGGAGUGAAAACAUCAAGCGUCAUACAGUCCACGCCCGAAGGGACAUUGAGAAAGGGGAGGAGAUCACGAUCUAUUACAUGGGCGUCCGCCGGAAGCGCGAAAUUCGCCGUCAGCAUCUCCAGACACACUUUGGCUUCAUAUGCUCAUGCGGUCUCUGCUCUUUAACACCCGAUCUAGGUCGGGAAAGCGAUACGACGUUGGAGCAAAUUCUCUCCCUGGACAAUCUACUCGAGCAGGAUGACGGUUACGGCGCGUGGUUCCACCCUCUCCGAAGGCUUCGCUACGUGGAUCAGCAAGUACGACUUUACAACGAACAUGGAUCGGAUGACGCGAUCGGCCCCGGCUAUCGACGAAGUAUCUUCCCAGUAUCUCUUGGUAGCCUGAUGGGGUUGAACGACCGUAUCCAGCAGUUCUCACUGGAGGUCGAGGGCACACGCAUGUGCCAUGGCUGCGGUGCGAAGGCGACGUCUUUGAAACGAUGUGGCAAAUGCCUACUUUUCUGGUAUUGUGGGAAGGACUGCCAAGUUGCUGGAUGGGAUAACAACAGCCACAAGGCUGACUGCAAACUUCUUAAAGAUGCCGACCUGCGAUCAUUGUUCACCUUUGACUGGGAAACGUUUCUGGAUGAUAUCCAGUUUCCACUUGGUGUGAGCAAGGUAUAG